UCUUGACGAGUGAUGCGUAAGAUACGCAGCCGGCGGUGAGCAGGGUCUGCGCCCGCCUUGGCAUGCACGCACCCCCAUGCAGCAUGGGCCCAUCAUUUCUUUUAGCACUGCUAGCGGGCCAGUGCUCGCGAGUCCUGCGAGCAUGGCACUUGAUGCACGCGCGGUCUGGCGAGCAAGAUCCCCGCGGCCUCGACGCAGACGAGUGCGCUAAAACAAAGGGCUCAGCAGCGCGUCGGCAGUGUGUGGUUAAGAAGUGCGCGUGUAAGCGUCGACGAUCCCUGCAACGGUCCGCCCGCAUUGCCAAGAGCAACGAAGUGCACCGAGCCGCAUGCUCGCGCGCGCGCGCGACAGCAGCCGCGUGAUGCUCUUUAUAGCGCGCUGAAUCGGCGCUCCGGGGGCUGUGCACAGGGUCCCUUGUUUUCUUCCAUUUGGCGUGGCUGCGAUCGAGUCUGGGAGUGAACGGUGGUGAUCG